AUGGCCCAAAUACCUCCCUACACCGAUGACUUCUUCAAAGGUGAACCUGGGCUGUUGGCGGUCUUUGACUAUGAGUACGAGGAGAUCAUCGGUUUCUACCAGCGUUUGAGAUGGGCGCAGUUCCUCUUCUUCCCUCCAUCCUGGGUCUCGGUCCUCUGUUGCACACCCUGCUUCUUGAACCAGAACAUUGAAUGGGACACCCGCUCUCGGCAUCUUGCGCUCACGGUGGAUGGCAUCAAGUUCGUGCACGCCAAGAGGCCCACGCUGUGUGGUCUGUCGUGCACGGACAAGGGCAAAGAAUCCAAGACGGUCCCGUACGACAAGAUCACGGACUGCGAUGUUCAGGAGCCGGCUGGAACAGCAUGCUGCUGCUGCAUUCGGAAUAUCCUGCACCAGGUUACAGUGGAUACUGCUUCGAGUGGUGCCACUAAGGAGGGUGUGCCACGUCGAUAA